AUGGAAGCCACAGCACCUCGACGCUCCGCGAGGAAGCAUCCGCCGUCAACGGCCCGAUUGCUAUCUAAGCGUCGGCGUGUAUCUGCACAAAAAGCCACAGCCAAAGUCAAAGCCAAAUCCAACACAACUGAGGACUGCAUUGUGGUUGCGACUCCUGUUCCGUAUGUCGUUGCUCCUCGUGAUGCACUUGCGGGCGUAAACAAACCAACUGACUUGAGACCUCUGGCUUCUAGAUCUAAGAAACAAACGACGCUGAAGUCGAUCCUCAAGAAGAGCGUGCACUUUGCUAGCACACCGAGGACUCCUGCUUUGUGCGAUAAGGAGAAUGACUGUCCUUCCGAAGAUGAACUUGUCGCUGCAACCAUUACUCCCAAGCCUAGCAGGUCAUUUACACCAGCUUCAAAGAAGGCAUCGUCCAUCACGUUGGCCACAACUCCUAGGUCUGCUAGCAUCAAACUCAGUACUGCAUCUACCCCACGGCCACUACUCAAAAAAGCCACCGCCGAUCUGAAGAGAAAGUAUACACCGGAAGCAUCUCCGCCGAAAUCCCGAAGAAAGAUCGCUCGCUUGGAUGAUAUCAAGCUUAACGAGGAAACCGAUAGCCCUGUGAAGCAUCUUGACUUUAGAACUUACACUCUCGACAUGGGUUCGGCAAAUACCACCCUAUCAGUCAAAAAAGAAAAGUCUACAAUGAAUUUUGGGCCGACCUUCACGCCAAGGGUGACGUCAACUGGCAUCCCGGUAUACAAUCACAGGCAAGGUCUUCAUGAAACUCCGGCAAAGAGACCCAUUAACCCGGUGAAGAGUACUCCGGCCAUUCGGGCCUCUGCUCUUUUGGAGCAUGCAGAGGAAAAUCCAAAUCCGUUCCAUCCAUCAGCUAAAAAGGCUGCCUCCGAAGCCUUUAAUAUGCACAAUGUCAAGAGAGCUUCCUCUCAGGAUAUUUUCGCAUCCACCGAUUCAUUUGUUUGUCCUGCGCCUUCUAGCAAAGGAUGGGACUUCGAACCAAAGUCAUCGAAGGCGCCCAAAGGUUCCCAACUGACCACAAGCCUAGCGACUCCCGCUCGCAGGCCGCCGGUCUCCUCUGGGAUGCUCUCAGCAUCUACUGCUAAUGUCAACAAGCCAAACAGGAAUUUGUCCCGAAGCUUGAUGAGCUGCCCACCAAAGAGACCAGCUAUCCCGCUUUCGCCCUCGACGCCAGUCGCAAAGAAGACCGUCUCAGCCCCGAAGAUUAGCGAUUUAGCUACGCCCGCACGCCGACCUGAUGUUGGUAUCUCAGCGGGAACUACAAAGAAAGAAGAUCCAACCCACAAGUACAGCAAUCUUGCGACUCCUGCUCGGCGACCCGAUUUUGGAAUGGCUCCCAAGACUCCGAAAAACGAUGAGCCUGUUGUCAAAGCGAGUGCUCUUGCGACGCCAGCUCGGCGACCAGAUUUUGCCGCUUCGUUCGCAAAACCAACAGCAUCUUCCAUGGCAAAGUCCACGCCGACUAGACCUUCUCCAUUGAAAGAAGCGCCACGAAGACCACAGGGCCUUUCACCGCUCAAAUCAACAAUCUCGAUGGAAGAUAUUAAAGAAGCUUCUUCGCCAACCUACGAUGCUAUAUCGCCAUUGCCUUUACGCGAUCCAUUUCAAGUGAGGGAAGAGUCGGUAGCUAGGUCGCCGUCCCCUUCUCGUAUUCCAGUCAAAAUCGACCAGAUCUCCCCUAUUAGACCCUCGAUUUUUGGAAAGUCUCCUGCAACGAAGCAGCAGGGUGAUUGCAAGAUCCCACCUCUGUUUAAAGAACCUCUCGCUAAGUCGGCAAGGAAGGUGCCAGUAAAUACAUCGACUCCAGGCCAACAAUUCCUCAAUCGUCUCUUCCAAACCGAACGCAAGCCAGUCAUUUACCGCGACUUAGACACCCCACCGAAGCCUGCUAGCCCGGUUAAUCGAAGACUGUCAUUUACAUCAUCACCUUCCCCUAAGAAGCCAACGAAGGCAGAGUUUGACAUAUUCGUCGACGAACCCGUCGUGCCUCCUAAAAAGGAAAACGACCAAGAAGACCUUGUUGGGGACUCCAUUACUACUGCUCAGGUCUUCGCCAAGUCUCCACCUAAGACGUUGGGGACCAGACGCGAAAGCGGUAUCUUUCUUCCAUCACCAGACCGUGCCGUUACUAUUGGUCCCUUCACGCAACGUCUAGGUGGGAAGUUAUCACCAUUGAGGAAAGAGUAUGAGAGGGAGAUUACUGAAACCUCUGGAGUCAAUCUCGUCAACACGCCAACUGGGAACUUCUUUUUGGAUACUAUGGAUGCAAGAGAUAGAGAGAUCAGAACCCCGAAGUACGUCCAGGGAAAGACCAUGAUAGUUCCCUUAAAAGGAUGUGAGGAGGAGGAAGAGGAGGAGGAGGGGGAAGACAUGGAGGAGAUUACUUCCCGAAAUGCAGAUGUUAAAGAUGAGAAGGCAGAAGAAGAGUCAGGCGUACUCUCAGAUAUCAUUGUCUUCUUGGAAGUUCGUACCUCUGAUGGUGCCGAUGCUUCCGCAAGCUUCGUGGAGGAUUUGAAGAAGCUUGGCGCUAAGGUCGUCAAACGAUGGAGACUGAAUACUUUUGGAAACAGUAGCAAGGAAAUCAAUCCAAUGGGCGUGAAUCUUGUCGUAUUCAAGGAUGGAAUAUCGCAGACCCUUACAAAGGCAAAGAGAGCUAAUGUUCCUUGUGUUGGUGUUGCUUGGAUCAAGGAAUGUGUUUCGCAGAAUGCUAAGGUUCAGUUCGACGAUUUCGUGAUUGAGAGAACGGGUCUCUUCGGGGUCAAGAAACAACUAAACUCCACAAAUGUGUCACUCCACGCAAAAAAGCUCCUGAAAUCCGUCGCGAAGGAUAAACUGUCCGCUGCAACUUCUCAGGAUGAGAGUUUAGAUACCGGUGACAGAACCAUAACUGUCGUGGAUCAGUUGGGAUCUUUAAGUACGAGGCAACAAAAGGCGUGGUUCAAUGCCGAUAAAAAGGCUCACGUCCUUAUGAAGAAUGUUGGUCCCGCUGUUGCGAGGCAACAUACCCAAAACUUGAUGAAGCAGGGAGUUAAAACUAGUGAGGCGUUCGAGAGGACCGCUCUUGCGUGGCAAAAGAUCGAAGAUGGUAUGGAAGCGAAGAACAAGAGAAGAAAAUAA